AUGGUCAAGGCCGUUGUUGCUGGCGCCGCUGGCGGUAUCGGACAGCCCCUGUCCCUCCUCCUCAAGCUGUCUCCUCUCGUUGACGAGCUCGCCCUCUACGAUGUCGUCAACACCCCCGGUGUCGCUGCCGAUCUCUCUCACAUCUCCUCCCCCGCCAAAACCACCGGCUACCUUCCCCCCAACGACGGCGCCAAGACCGCCUUCAAGGAUGCCGACAUCAUUGUCAUCCCCGCCGGUAUUCCUCGCAAGCCUGGCAUGACCCGUGAUGAUCUCUUCAACAUCAACGCCGGUAUUGUCAAGGGCUUGAUUGAGGUUGCUGCUGAGGUGGCCCCCAACGCAUUCAUCCUCGUCAUCUCCAACCCUGUCAACUCGACUGUCCCCAUUUCCGCCGAGGUCCUCAAGGCCAAGGGUGUCUUCAACGCCCAGCGCCUCUUCGGUGUCACCACCCUCGAUAUUGUCCGUGCCGAGACCUUCGUUGCUGAGAUUGCUGGCAAGAGCAACCCCCAGGAGCUCGUUGUCCCCGUCAUCGGUGGGCACUCCGGCGAGACCAUCGUUCCUCUCUUCAGCAAGGUUUCCCCCUCGGUCACCAUCCCUGACGACAAGUACGAUGCCCUUGUCAACCGCGUCCAGUUCGGUGGUGAUGAGGUCGUCAAGGCCAAGGAGGGUCUCGGCUCUGCCACCCUCUCCAUGGCUUAUGCCGGUUACCGCUUCGCUGAGAAGCUCCUCAAGGCCGCCAAGGGCGCCAAGGGCCUUGUCGAGCCCACCUACGUCUAUCUCCCCGGUAUCCCCGGUGGUAAGGAGAUCGCGGAGAAGACUGGUGUUGACUUCUUCUCCGUCCCCGUCGAGCUCGGCCCCAACGGUGCUGAGAAGGCUAUUGACAUCCUCGGCGACAUCACCGAGAAGGAGAAGACUCUCCUCGAGGCUGCCGUCAAGGGCCUCAAGGGCAACAUCCAGAAGGGCGUUGACUUUGCCCACAACCCCCCUCAGAAGUAG